GUCUGUAGUGUUUAUUAUGUUCAGCUUUCAGCCAGCACCUUUAUCCUAUUCUAUCAUCAGAAAUCUCUUGAUCAAAAAAUGAUAGAAAAAUCGCUCAUCUUCUUCAAAUCAAGCUCAAUCCCAUCAUAUUUCGUGUUGGUCUUGUUGAUGGUAUUACAUUUGCAGUGUAGUAGUGUUAAAGGGCGUUUGCUAUCUCUCUCCAAACCAAACCCCAAUGAUGCUGCAGCUUAUGCUCGUUGGUUGGUUUCCCAGAAUUCUUGGGGAGUCCUCAACACCAUUGCUGCAGAUUUAGGAGGCGCACCUUUCGGGAAUGUGGUUUCGUUUAGUGAUGGGCUACCAGGUAAAGGUGUUGGUAUUCCAUAUUUCUACCUGACAACCCUUGAUCCGACUGCGGCAAAUGCCCUGAUUGACCAAAGAUCUUCGUUGACAAUCAGUGAGUACCCAAUUGGGACUUGUGGGAAAACGGAUCCUGAGAAUCCCACUUGUGCAAAAAUUACACUAACUGGAAAGUUAAUACUGGUCGACAUGAACUCAAAAGCAGCAGAAUUUGCAAGGUCUGUCUUGUUCGCAAAACAUCCUGAGAUGGAAGGUUGGCCCAAGGACCACAAUUUCCAGGUCUUCAAACUAGAAAUACAAGACAUAUUCUUAAUCAACUGGUUUGGAGGUCCAAAACUACUUACUGUUGAUCAGUAUUUACACUGGAAAAUGAAGAAGUUGGCAUUGUCUUUGUAAACACGUGGAUUGUGAUUAUGUUUCGAUUCAGCUUUUCAUUUGGAGUCCUGUAUACUCGAUUUCUAGGUCAAUGUUUAUUGCAUUCUUUCUAAUACGUUCUACAAAAUGUAUCAUCGUAUUUCUUGUUAUGAGGUGCGAAUAUACUGUAUAUUAUGAAUGAAACCAAUAAAAUUUUACGUUUUUGUACAAGAGUUGUCCGAAUUGAUACGUUUAACCAAAAUCGUGUAGACUUGACUACACACGAAAUAACCCGCUUAUAAGAAUCAAAUUUGAUUGUCGAGAUAUUUACAUAUACAAAAAAAAAUUAAAAAUUAA